GAAAACUUCUUAUCGGCAGUCAGUUCUCAAACGCUAGCAAAACCUAACGCAAUCGAAGUCGCUGUGAUAGUGCCACCCAGUUAUCAUCAGUCAAACGGAGACAUGGCAUCCUUCAAACUAACCAUUUUGUUUGCCGUCGUCACUCUGCUCGCGAUCGUCUCCGCAAUCCCGGCCCCACAGCAGCCAGCGGCGCGGCAACCGAUCGCUCCUCGGGCCGCCGCAGCAGCACCGUCUGCAGCCGAUGACCUGGAUGCUGAGUCCGAAGAUCAAGACCUGAAGGGUGCUUCCUCGUUCGGUUACGGAUACUACGGCUACCCAGGAUUCGGCUACGGCGGAUAUGGUGGUUAUCCAUACGGUUACGGCUAUGGAUACGGUUACCCUUACUACCGAUACGGAGGACUGUACGGAGGCUACUGGUACUAACCUACUAGCUAAGUAAUCACGCAUCCCAUCACCUGACGUGCCGUUAUUUCAUACCUGCGCCAUACGUUUCCGGUUUCAUUUUCCAUUUCUUCCAUUCCAUACUUGACUCGAGAACUAUCUCUUACCUGUACCUACGCACAGAGAGUAAACGGAGUAAACCAGAAUGCUUUAUUCGCCCUAUGCUAAUGAUCCAAAGGAUAUUCGAUGUGUAUUUUGUUCGAUAAUUCGGCCCCGCUUUCGUACGCAACUUUCUAUUCUGUUUUUCAACUAUUGAAAAAACGUCUAAAGAACACCAACCAGAAGAAGUCGUGCGCAAGGGUUACCUUUACCUGUUGCUACCAUCAUUUUUCGAUUGCUUUGUAUUCGAAAUGCUGCCAAGUUUAUGAGAAAAUGACAAAAAAAAUCUUUUGUAUAUAUGCGUAUCUUAUAUUUUCUAAUAAAAAGAAUGUU